AUGAAAGAGGUGAUGAGGUUUAGGAAGAAGGGAAAGUUAGGCUCUUGGUACAUUAAGGCAUUUGAGAUCCUGGAAAGGAUAAGUCCAAUUGCUUAUCAAAUGGCGUUACCCCCAGCACUAUCCAGAGUUCAUGAUGUGUUUCAUGUAUCAGUGCUAAGGAAGUACAUGCCAGACCCUUCACACGUGCUAAGUCAUGAACCUCUAAAGAUCAGAGAUGUGUUAGUAUAUGAGGAAGUAUCGGUUCAGAUUUUGGAUCAGAAGUUACAGAAACUGCGUACUAAGGAAAUACCAUUAGUGAAAGUGACGUGGCAGAACCACACAGUAGAGGAGGCUUCAUGGGAGUUGGAGAAAAAGAUACGUGAAUAUUAUUUUGAGAGUUAUGGUAAUACCAGAAAUGAGAGUGUACGUGAAAUAUUGGAACUAUUGGAGAAAUGUAGGGAUUUUUAUGAGAGGACCAAGGGUCAAGUUUUACCAGACGACCAAGGGUCGGAGUUUUAUCCAGCAGCUGAGAGUCGAGUUGUGAAAUGA